AUGAUAUCUGAUGUAGAAGUUGAAAAGACGCUACUUAAAAAUGGCAUGGCCAAUGUAUGUCAGUUGUUCACUUCCAAUGAUAUAGGUGGUGUAAGAGUCGCAAGUGUACUAUACGAAAAAGGCACUAAAUUGUUUGUUGUGGGUAUAUUGCGUUUCUUCUCUAACGAACAUGGAGUUUUUCUUCCCAAACAAUUGGAAGAGCAAUGUGCUCGUGAUAGUUUUGUUGGAAACGGUGAUAAUGGUGGGAAAUAG